AACGUGCCAAUAUGGACCCUGCCGUUCUAAGCCCCUGCCGAUUAUGACAAGGGACAGACAGCAAUUUCCUUCUCAUUCCAAGCACUAGCCGUUGCCACCUUGCCAUAUACGCGCACACCUCCUCCUCUUCCUCGGUAUAUAUCCCAUGAUCUUCCCAACAUCUUUCCCAGAUCCUCAGAAUCCACCAAGAAAAUCUCUCCUCCCUCCUCGCGAGAUCCCCAUUAGAUCACACGUGAGAUUUCUCUCCAUCGGAUCAUAUGUCGGCCAGCUUGGACACGGAGGGCAACCCGAGACGCUGCGCCGCGUGCAAGUACCUGCGGCGGCGGUGCGCCCGCGACUGCGUCCUCGCGCCCCAUUUCCCCGCCUCGGAUCCCCAGCGGUACGCGUGCGUGCAGAGGUUCUUCGGCGCCGGCAACGUGGCCAGGAUGCUCCAGCAACUCCCGGCGGAGGAGCGGAGGGCGGCGGCGGACGCGAUGGUGGUGGAGGCGAGCCGGCGGGCGCAGGACCCGGUGUACGGCUGCGCCGGGGUCAUCCACCGCCUACAGGAGGAGAUCCGGGCCGUGGAGUGCGAGCUGGCCCGGACACGUGCCCAGAUCGCCAUGAACCAGGCCACCCGGCUGCCUGAUCUGCGGGAUGAUGACCAGCAGAUGCCAUCCGUAGAGCUACUACAAGGGUUCCUCUCCGGUUAAAUUUGCAAGCGGAUCUUAUAUAUACUGAAACACGUGCCACUCAUGUUGCUAUACGAUCGAGAGUUUGUACUGGCCAGAUAUUAACGGGAAAUUGAGGAAAUAC